GUACUUUCAUCAAUCAAUUCUCUGUUCACUAGAAAUUCUCUCAUCCUCCCUGUCUUUCUUUCUCUUGCCAAGGAAAGAGAGCCCCUUUUUACUUUUUCCCCCCAAAAAAAUUUUGUUCUUCUUGCGCCUGUAAUUAUAAUACACCAUUAGCUGUGGAUUAACCUUUUUCCAAUUUUCACCACCCUUCAAUUCUCUUUACCCUUUCCCGCGGUGAUUUGUCUCGCGAUAUUUCUACAUUUAUUCCGACGUAGAGAUAUAAAGUAGAGAAACGAGAGAGAGAGAGAGAAGCAGUGGGGAUGAUCUUGUGAAAGAGGGGAUCUGAAGUUUCCUUUUCGCUUUGAAUUCUCAACUAGUUUUUUGGGGUCACACGCCUGGGCGGAGGGAAAGUAGAUCCCAUAGGAAAGAAACCUAAAGGAGAUAAGCUAUUACUUUCGUGAUUUUGUUUGUGUUUGUAAAAGCUUCUCCGUGAUUUGUUUUGCCAGCCUUGAAAAUGCGAUUUUGUCUAUAUUAUCGAAAUGUUGUUAUCUUCUUCUCCCCCCAUUAAUCUCGUUUUCUGGCUGGUGGGCUUUUUAGCUCAGAAGUGUGAAUUUCACACAUUCGUAGCUUUUUCCAUAAAGUCAAGUACCCCAGAAAGCCAAGCCGAAUCCAUAAGAUUCAUUUCCGGGUUCCUUCUUCUUUUCUUCUUCUCUUCUUCUUCUCCUCCUCCUUUUUUAAUACCAGACAAACUAUUUAUCGUCUUCCCACAUAAAUUUUUCCUCUGAUUUCGGUUUUUCCCGACCGGAGACUUUAGAUUCUUCACAAUUCUGAUUGUGAAAUGAGAGCCGGUCUUAGCACGAUCCAGCAAACCCUAACGCCUGAGGCGGCGAGUGUUCUUAAUCAUUCGAUCGCCGAAGCCGGCCGUCGGAACCAUGGCCAGACGACGCCGCUUCAUGUGGCGGCAACACUUUUGGCCUCACCGUCUGGCUUCCUUCGCCAGGCCUGUAUAAAAUCGCAUCCCAAUUCGUCUCAUCCUCUUCAGUGCAGAGCCCUCGAGCUCUGCUUCAGCGUCGCGCUAGAGCGCUUACCGACGGCUCAGAACAUGAGUCCCGACAUGAAGCCUCCGAUUUCCAAUGCUUUAAUGGCUGCGCUGAAGCGAGCUCAAGCUCACCAACGCCGUGGUUGCCCCGAGCAGCAGCAACAACCUCUUCUUGCCGUGAAAGUUGAACUUGAACAGCUUAUCAUAUCCAUACUCGAUGACCCCAGCGUCAGUAGAGUCAUGAGAGAAGCGAGCUUUUCCAGCCCGGCGGUGAAAGCCACGAUUGAACAGUCGCUGAAUUCGUCAUCGCCGGCGGUCAAUUCAAGUCCGAUCGGAUUGGGAUUCCGGCCCACGGCUGUCACACCAGUUCCGACAGGGGCACCAGGUCGGAAUUUAUAUCUAAAUCCGAGACUUCAACAGGGGAGUUCCGUCCAAUUGGGACAGCAAAGGGGUGAAGAAGUGAAACGGAUUAUCGAUAUACUGUUGAAAGCCAAGAAGAGGAAUCCAGUGUUAGUUGGAGAAUCAGAGCCAGAGGCUGUGAUAAGAGAAUUAUUGAGGAGAAUUGAGAGUAAGGAACUGGGCGAGGGACCUUUUUCCAGUGUUCAUGUGAUUUAUUUGGAGAAGGAGCUUCCUUCCGAUAGAGCUCAAAUCCCUGCAAAGAUUAAGGAAUUGGGAGAUUUAAUUGAGACCAGAAUGGGGAAUUCAAGUACUGGUUCUGUUCUCGUUAAUUUGGGUAACCUGAAGUGGCUAGUUGAGCAAUCUGUGGAUUUCGGAGUUUCUGGUUUGAGCAAUAUGCAGCAACAGGCACUUACAGAGGCUGGGCGUGCUUCGGUUUCAGAGAUGGGUAGAUUGGUGACGAAGUUUGGAGAAGGUGCUUCAGGUCGUCUUUGGUUGUUGGGAACUGCUACUUGUGAAACUUACUUGAGGUGUCAGGUUUAUCAUCCUUCCAUGGAAAAUGAUUGGGAUUUGCAGGCUGUGCCUAUCACCACUAAAGCCCCUCUUCCGGGCAUAUUUCCGAGGAUUGGGACCAACGGCAUUCUUGGUAGCUCGCUGGAGUCUUUGUCCCCUUUAAAGGGCUUUCCAUCAACUGCAAUGACACAGCCUAAGCGUGUCUCGGAGAAUGUAGAUCCCGCUCGUAGGCCAACUUGUUGCCCACAGUGUAUGCAAAGCUGCGAGAAAGAAGUGGCAGAUACGGUGAAAGAGAUUGAGAAAUCUGAUUCUGAGGUCAAAGCCGAGGCUGCUCGGCCACCACUUCCACAAUGGUUGCAGAAUGCUAAAACAAGCAAUGAUCAGACUCAGAGUAAUAGCCAAGAAGUGGUGAAGAAGAAGGCUCAGGAACUGCAGAAGAAAUGGCAUGAUUCUUGCUUGCAAUUACAUCCUAAGUUUCAUCAGCAACAAAACCUCAGUUCAGAUAGAAUGACUCCCUCUCCUUUCCCAAUUGUGGGUCUGUACAAUCCCAACUUGAUGGGGCGCCAACUUCAACCCAAAUCGCCUCUCAACAAAAAUCUGGAAAGCUCUCUGCAGUUGAGCUCAAGUCCAAGGCCGAUUCAGCCAUUGGAACGGGCAGCCACUCCCCCCAGAAGUCCAGUAACGACAGAUCUUGCCCUUGGGCAAACAAAGUCUGCCGAUAACACUCCUGAACAAAAUCACAAAGAGCAAGCAAAGGAUUUCUUGGGCUGCAUGUCUUCUGAGUCACAGGACAAGUUCAGUGAAUUACAGAGCAAGAAACUACUUGAUGCCGACUCCUUCAAGAAGCUCCUCAAAGGUCUCACUGACAAGGUAUGUUGGCAGCAUGAUGCAGCAUCUGCUGUGGCCACAACCGUGACCCAAUGUAAAACGGGCAAUGGGAAAAGGCGCGGUGGUGGCUCAAAGGGUGACAUAUGGUUACUUUUCAUGGGUCCAGACAGAGUAGGGAAGAAGAAGAUGGCAGGAGCUCUUUCCGAGCUGGUUUCUGGGUCCAAUCCAAUAAUAAUCUCUCUUAAACCACGAGGUGGGGAUGAUGGAGAAUUAUCAGAUGUCCAUCGUCGUGGUAAAACCGCACUUGAUCGAAUUGCAGACGCCAUUCGAAGGAAUCCGUUUUCUGUCAUCAUGCUUGAGGACAUUGAUGAAGCAGAUUUAGUCCUUCGUGGGAGCAUAAAACGAGCCAUGGAACGAGGUCGCUUCUCUGAUUCUUAUGGCCGUGAAAUUAGUGUGGGCAAUGUUUUGUUCAUCCUCACCGCAAAUUGGUUGCCCGAAAACCUCAAAUAUCUGUCCACUGGCAAUUCACUUGACGAAGAAAAGCUUACAAAUCUGGCAAAAGGCAAUUGGCAAUUACGACUAUCAUUAUCCAAAAGAACAUCAAAACGCAGACCCAGUUGGGUUUCUGAUGAAGACAGAUCCACAAAACCCCGGAAGGAGAUAAACGCCGGUUUAGCUUUUGAUCUAAAUGAGACCGCAGAUGCAGAGGAAGACAGGGCAGAUGGAUCACUCAAUUCCAGUGAUCUCACAGUAGAUCACGAAGAGAACCGAGUCCUUCAUCAUAGUCUAAGAUCACCAACCAUAACCCACGACCUGCUGGAUGCGGUAGACGAUGCCAUUGUAUUCAAGCCGGUGGAUUUCGGCCUGAUUCGCCGGAGUUUCUCAGAGACCAUCACGAAGAGAUUUUCUGUGAUCCUCGGGGGUGGGAUGUCACUGGAAGUCCAAGAGGAGGCGCUGGGAAAGAUCACGGGCGGUGUGUGGUUAGGCCAAACGAGCAUAGAUGAAUGGAUAGAGAAAGUUUUGGUUCCGAGCUUUCAUCAGCUGAAAUCAAGCAUGAAUGGCGAGGAAUCUUUUGUUGUCAGGCUUGAAGAUGACGGAGAUUCUGAUACUCAGAGCUCGGAACAUAGGCUGCCGACCAGUGUGAGACUGGUGGGUGCGGAAGGAAAAUGAGGCGGGGACAAGAAGGGAAUAAUGUGUUUUUAGUCUGGGUAGAGAUGUAAAUAGCCACUUUUGGGGGAGGGGUAAAGUCAAAGACGGUUAGAAGGAUAACAGUGAAAGAGAGAAAACCGUUAGGGAAAAAUGGGGAACUCGAGGGAUGUUCUAGAAAAAGGAGGGAAAAAAAAAGGUGAUAUAUUAAAUUGUUAAGUUUUGCGUAAAGUUAUUGUAAUUUUAUAAUCAUCAUAGGUAUUUAAUUAUCAAUUAAACGGAUAAUGAUUUUGAAUAAGA